CGGACGGCGAACCGGUGCGUGCUUUUUGCGGCGAACUCUACGAUCGUCACCGACCGGGGUGUUGACAUCUACACGAUAAGCUUUCCGGAGACAAUCUUCGAGUUUGAUUCCAUUAAGAAGUUCACGCAAUCCCAGGCGGUUUUCUUGGAGGCCACGCUCGUCUUGGUUCUGUCGUGGCUUCUUUACUGCUUUUCGCUGAGGUUUAUGAAACUGGGCAAUGAUGGAAGAAGCAUUUGGUUUAGGCUCAGAUGGUGGAUUAGCAGAUUGGACAUUUGUUUCGCCACUAGGCAUUGGCUGGAAGAUCAGAAGGUGGUUAAGAAGAGAAAAACAGAACUUGGUGGAACUUUCUCAAUAGCAAGUUGGAUACUCUUCAUUGGUUUAUUUGCUGCAUUGUUAUACCAAAUCAUAUCUAGGAGAUCCAUUGAGGUGCAUAAUGUGAGAGCAACAAAUGCGCCUGACUUGGCAUCUUUCAUCAAUGACAUGGAGUUUAAUAUCACCGCUAUUUCUAGUAUGAGCUGCUCGAACUUGCGAAAUCUCAGUAGUUUAGUUAUUGGAAGUCCCGGGUUUAUCGACUACAGAGUUGCUCCUUUAUCAAAUUUCGGGAAUUACUCGUGCCAAAAUACUAGUGAAGGACCUACUGUUAUACUUAGAUGCAACGGUUGUCAACCAAUUCGAGACGAUUUGUACAUUUCCUGGCAAUUUGUUGAUCUUCCCAACAGCCCUGCAGCUGCUGUUGGAUUUCAGUUCAACCUUACCACUAGGAAUCAUUACAACAAGAAACAUAUGAGUUAUGUUAGUGGAAUACUAAAGAAUUGGACUUCUUUUGAUAACAGACCAGUUACCUUCAGAGGAAGGAAUACAAACAUAUUGAAAUUCAGUUUAUUUCCGCGAAUUUACCGUAAUCUAAAGGACCUAAGGCUCAUCCAACCUCUAUUUCAUGAGUUUGUCCCUGGGUCUCAUUUUUACGACACACAACAGCUCCAAACAUCCUUGGCUAGCUCAAAUGAUGGACUGCUCAACACCACGGUAUACGUCAAUUUUCUUUCUGCCUACAUUGUAGAGAUAGAUGCUCAAAAUAUUAUGGGUCCUG